UUUUUCCUUUAUCAGACUUUAGGCACACAUGGAGGCAUUGACAUGGAAUAUUUUAAAACUGGUGGUCAACAUUACCUGGCUGUCGCAAAUCAUGGUGAUGAAACUUCGUACCGACAGAAUUCAGUUAUUUACCAGUGGAGUCUGAGUCAGGAACAAUUUGUCGUCUUUCAAAGCAUUGAAACAUUUGGAGCAAAAAGUUUUGACUUCUUCGAAAUAACAAAUGAGCAGUUUCUUGCCAUUUCAAAUUAUUGUAAUGACUCCUCGAAAAGUAUCAACUCAUUCAUCUACAAAUGGAACAGUAAUAAAUUUGACAAGGUUCAAGAGAUAGCAACCGAGGGGGCUAUUAGUAGUGAGACCUUUGUAAUCAGCAAUGAAACUUUCAUUGCAUUUGCAAACCAUUAUAGCGGAAAAAAGCGAGAAUUAGUUCAGUCAGCUGUGUUCAAGUGGUCAGGGCAGCAAUUUGUCAAACUGCAGUCUUUCCAGACAUAUGCAGCCCGAGAUGUAAAGUCAUUCAGUGACAACGGUUCUACUUUUCUCGCGUUUGCAAACUACAGACACAAUAAGCAAAACAAUAUCAAUUCUGCCAUUUACAAGUGGAAUGGCAGUCAUUUUGUUCUAUUUCAGUCGAUUCCUACUCGUGGAGCAGCCGCGUUACAUCCCUUUAUGAUGUGCAGUCAAACUUUUCUGGGUGUGGCUAAUCAUUUUAAUCCCUACGACUGGCACAACACCAUGUCAAUGGUAUAUCGAGUUUCUCAGGAAAAGUUUAUUGAAUAUCAAGAAAUUCCAACCCAGGGAGCUUAUGGUAUGACGUCCUUUCAAUACAAAGGGCAUACUUACCUAGCAGUUGCAAAUCAUUUAAUUAGAUAUAACAAAUACAAUAUCAACAGUGCGCUGUAUAAGUGGGCCUAA